GUUACCGGUCACUUAGAUGACUGCACAUGUGAUGUAGAAACCAUUGAUGCCUUCAACAACUACAAGCUUUUUCCUAGGCUGAAUGAACUCCUGCAAAGUGACUAUUUCAGAUACUACAAGGUAAACCUAAAGAAACCUUGUCCUUUUUGGGAUGACAACAGUCACUGUGGCAUGAGAGACUGUGCUGUGCAGCCCUGCCCCUCUGAUGAAGUGCCUGAUGGAAUCAGAUCUGCAAGUUACAAGUACUCAGAAGAGGCCAACAACCUCGAUGAAGAAUGUGAAGAAGCCAAGAGACUUGGAGCAGUUGAUGACUCUUUGAGCAAGGAGACCCGAGAGGCAGUGCUGCAGUGGGCACGGCACGAUGACUCUUCAGACAGCUUCUGUGAGGCUGAUGACAUCCAUUCUCCUGAGGCAGAGUAUGUGGAUUUGCUCCUGAAUCCAGAACGUUAUACUGGCUACAAGGGCCCAGAUGCCUGGAAGAUUUGGAACAGUAUUUAUGAAGAAAACUGCUUCAAGCCUCAGAAUGUAAAAAGACCUUUGGCAUCUGGUAGAGGAGACGAUGGAGGGCACAUGUUUUACAAGUGGCUGAAAGGUGUCUGUGUGGAGAAAAGAGCUUUCUAUAGACUCAUUUCUGGCCUCCAUGCCAGCAUCAACAUCCACCUGAGUGCUAGGUACCUCCUACAAGACACAUGGUCAGAGAAGAAAUGGGGCCCCAACAUCACAGAGUUUCAGCAGAGGUUUGAUGAAGUCAUCACUAGAGGGGAAGGUCCCAGAAGACUCAAGAACCUCUAUUUUCUCUACCUGAUCGAGCUGAGAGCUCUCUCCAAAGUGCUUCCCUUCUUUGAGCGCCCAGGAUUCCAGCUGUACACCGGGAAUGAACAUCAGGAUGCAGAGAUGAAACACCUCUUGCUGGAAAUUCUCCACCUGGCCAAGUCUUUCCCACUGCAUUUUGAUGAAAACUCCUUCUUUGCAGGGAAUAAAAAGGAAGCUGCAAAGUUAAAGGAGGAAUUUAGGCUGCACUUUAAGAACAUUUCCAAGAUAAUGGACUGUGUUGGCUGCUUCAAGUGUCGGCUGUGGGGGAAGCUGCAGACUCAGGGCUUGGGCACAGCUCUGAAGAUCCUCUUCUCUGAGAACCUCAUCGAAAGAAUCCCUGAGAGUGGCCCUUCAUAUGGAUUCCAGCUGACCAGACAAGAAAUUGUGGCCUUAUUUAAUGCCUUUGGAAGGGUGUCAACAAGUGUGAAAGAACUGGAGAACUUCAGGAAUAUCUUACAAAAGCUGAAGUGA